CUCAUUUUUAGCGCCUCUUAAACGCGACAUCAACUACCUAGACGCAUCGACGCAUCUCAUCUCCCAUCAACCCACAGCCUCCUUCCUUAGCACUAUCCAGCUCCAACGCGAGAGGAGAAGGGUCAUUUGACGCAUAGUAACAUCCACUACGAAGUAGCAUCUCCCGCACGAUCCGCCCCGUAUAUCUCCAAACCAUACGCAUACACAUACCUACCGAGACCGAAAUCGCCCUCCUUUGCGAUCCCGAACGAUCCCGGAACCCGAUACUGUCGACUUGAAGUCCAACGAGCGAGAGAUAUUAUAUACGAUGGCGUCUGCAUCCUUUAGGGAAUCCAUGAACUCCUUAGGGUGGUCGCGCCGUGACCCAGACCGAGAAUUUACAGCGAAUACGUCACAGCGGUCCGGACUACUAUCAUCGAUACAGUCGUUGAACCCCUUUGGAGACCGCGGAUAUGUACAACUACCCACCACGGAAGGCGCUGGUGCUCCACUGCCAGCUAGCAACCGUCGUGAAGAGGAGGAAGGCUGGUUUAUCCUGAGCCGGUGGGACCGGCUGUUAAUAUUCGGUGCCUGUAACCUGGCUGCUUUCAUCUGCUUUCUGCUCUGCUUCGUUCUGUGGCCGGUCUUCGUGACCAAGCCUAGCAAAUUCGUUAUCUUAUGGACCUUUGGCUCUAUAUUAUUUCUCUGUUCUUUCGCGGCUAUGAUGGGCCCUAUGGCGUACCUUCAACAUCUAGCAUCCGGAACGCGCUUGCCCUUCACGGCAGCCUACUUCGGAUCCAUUGCACUGACUAUCUACUUCUCCAUGGGUCUCCACAGUGGUCUUCUUACGUUGAUAGCUGCAGUCAUUCAGAUUGUAUGCCUCCUCUGGUACCUUAUCAGCUACUUUCCGAUGGGCUCAAGUGGUCUUCGACUAGCUACCAGCUUUGGAGCGCGGAGGGCGGCUACAUGGAUGACUGGCUAGAUCCCAUUUGUUGCAUAUUAUUGUGUUUCGCUUGUAUUGCAGUUAGAAGUCUAUUAGUCUCACUUACAGGUUACGAUGAUUGGAAUUUAUUUGCCAGCAUGAAAAUCAAUUACAAAGUUAAUGGGGGCGAAGGUAGAGCAUUGGCAUUGCCUAUAUCUCUCCAUAUUGAUUUGUGGUUUGAAGUCUUGAACAUUAUAUUCAUAAGUGGUUAAUUGUUAAUACAUACCUCCGUACAAGACAAUGAAUCAAUUAUUCGACUAAAGUAUAACCGGGGCCUUACUAUAGGAAAAUAUAGUUCAUUGAUUUGCAAAGUCAUAAUCAACAAAUCCGCCUAGAGCGGUCUAUGAAGCUUCAUCUAGAGUUCGAUCCGAUAUAAGCAGGCC